AUGACUGAAUUGGAACGCUAUUACCUGGAGGAAGAACCGCAAACCAUCUGUGGGGAAAUGGUUCAUUCGAUUGUAGAAGAUUUCGUGGAGGAUUAUCCUUCUACAGUGGAUCGUUUUUUCACCCGUUACUACUGCGUCCAGUCGGGUAAGGAGAAUGAACCACACCAGGUUCUGUUCCAUUCGAAUCGGAUUUGUUUGAUUGGGUUGGCGCCGGGCCAUGUAGCGUUUGAAAAAGGGAUUAAAGCAAUUACGUUCGAGGUGGGCAAGAUAGAUCGCAGCCAUAAUCAGGUGAGCGGAAAGAAGAAAAGUGGAGGAAUGAUCUUGCAGAUGGAUUCCACACUGGCGCUGGUUACUUGUGAGGAUGGAAGUGUGUACAAGGUGCGAGGGUGUGUACAGGGGAAGUUGGUUGAAGUGAAUCAAAGAGUAGUUCAGGAUUUGGAUCUACUCCGGCAGGAAGGCGAUGGAUAUGUGGCUGUUGUCAUGCCCAAACCGGAACAGUGUGAAGCGAUCAAAAAGAAGCUGAUAUCGCAGGAAGAGUAUGAGGCGAAGCAUCGGUAGAUGGGUGGUUUGUAACGGCUGGUAAUAGAGAAGUGAUGUACUGGAA